UUGCAGCUAGGAAUUCCAGUGUGCGAAAAACCUUAAGAUGGCCAAGUCCAAGAACCACACAAAUCACAACCAGAACAAGAAGGCCCAUCGCAAUGGCAUCAAGCGCCCGCUGCGCAAACGCCACGAGAGCACUCUGGGUAUGGAUGUGAAGUUCCUGAUCAACCAGCGUUAUGCCCGCAAGGGAAACCUCUCCCGCGAGGAGUCCGUCAAGCGAUACAACGAGCGCAUCGCUGGCCAGCAGGGAAAGCCCAAGCCUGUUACUCUGUAGAUGAUUCUUCCGAUUGCGGAUCAUUAAAGGACAAAACAGUUUAACAAA